UCUGCCUGCUUCGUCCGCCAUUUUGAUUCGUGGUCGCUUGUCAGCGGUGAGCGGUGGUGACGAAUUUUUUCAAUAAAUUCUUUACUGCCGAUAUUCGGAUAUUGAAAUUUUCAUUUAUGAAGUGAUCAGAAAGCAGUCUAAAUGAUGGCGAGAUACGGUCAAAGACCGGAAAAUGCCCUCAAGCGGGCCAAUGAGUUUAUGGAACUGGACAAGCCAGCCCGGGCUUUGGACACACUUCAGGAAGUGUUCCGAAACAAAAAAUGGGCAUACAACUGGUCCGAGUCUGUGCUGGAGCCGAUUAUGUUCAAAUAUUUGGAACUUUGCGUGGACCUGAGGAAGUCUCAUAUCGCUAAGGAGGGCUUGUUCCAGUACAGGAAUAUGUUCCAAUCUGUCAACGUGGGGUCGCUUGAACAAGUUAUAAGAGGGUAUUUACGCAUGGCCGAGGAGCGCACAGAGGCAGCCAGGGCUCAAUCCACACAGGCUGUGAUUGACACCGAUGACCUUGAUAACUUGGCAACCCCGGAGAGUAUCUUGUUGAGUGCAGUUUCCGGAGAAGAUGCACAAGAUCGCUCUGAUAGAACUAUACUGACACCAUGGGUGAAAUUCCUGUGGGAAUCCUACUGCCAAUGUUUAGAGUUGCUCCGUACCAAUGCACAUGUGGAAACUCUGUACCAUGACAUCGCUCGAAUGGCGUUCCAGUUCUGUCUCAAAUACUCUAGGAAGACUGAGUUCAGGAAACUCUGUGAUAAGCUGAGGAAGCAUCUUGAGGAUAUUUGUAAACCAACAAAGGUACAAACUGGUAACGUAAGCAUCAGCAAGCCGGAGACACAGCAGCUCAACUUGGAGACCAGGCUGUUCCAACUCGACAGCGCUAUACAGAUGGAAUUGUGGCAGGAAGCAUACAAGGCAAUAGAAGACAUCCACAACUUAAUGAACAUGUCAAAGAAGACACCAGUGGCGAAGACCAUGGCCAACUACUACGGCAAACUGGCGCUGGUCUUCUGGAAGGCUGGCCACUGUCUGUUCCAUGCUGCAGCACUCCUCAAGCUGUUCCAACUCUCCCGUGAAAUGAAGAAGAAUAUCACCCAAGAGGAAUUGCAGAAAAUGGCUUGCCGUGUCCUAGUAGCAGUUCUAUCAGUACCUCUACCAUCACUUCAUCCAGAGUUUGACCGUUUUGUGGAAACUGACAAGAGUCCUGUGGAAAAGGCUCAGAGGUUAGCUGUCCUUUUGGGGUUGGCACAACCACCGACCAGAGCCAGCUUGUUGAAGGACGUAAUCCGUCUGAAUGUUGUGAAUCUGGCGUCGCCGCAGCUGCAGCAGCUCUACAACUGGCUGGAGGUGGAGUUCGACCCGCUCACCAUCUGCGCCAACGUGCAGACCGUCGUCAAGCAUCUGCAAGAGGAGCCUAGUGAGUUGUCGUCGCUGGCGCAGUACACGAGCGCGUUGCGCGACGUGGCGCUGGUGCGGCUGGUGCGGCAGGUGGCGCAGUGCUACUCCUGCGUGCAGUUCGCGCGCCUGCUGCAGCUGGCGCACACCACCGACCUCUUCCACCUGGAGCGUCUGCUGGUCGACUGCGUCCGACACAAUGAUAUGCAGAUACGCAUCGAUCAUGCUAAACAAUGCGUGCACUUCGGUGUGGAGUCCGGCGGCGGCGAGUGGUGCUCGGCGGCGGACGAGGCGUGUGGCGGCGCUAUACUGCAGGCAACGCCCGCUGAACAGAUGCGUGAACAACUAGUCCGUGCAGCCGAGGUGCUGUCCAAGGCGGUACACGAGCUGUUCCCGGAGCGGCGGCGAGCGGAGCGCGAGCGGGACCGCGCGCACAUGGUGCAGCACUACCACGAGAACAAGCACGCCGAGCACCACAGGGUGCUGCAGAGACAUAAGAUUAUAGAGGAGAGGAAGGAGUAUAUUGAACGGCUGAACACCGUCCGAGAGGAAGAGGAACUACGUCGCGUGGAGGAGCAGCAGCGGCUGGGGGCGGCGGCGGAGGCGCGCCGGCUGGAGGCGGAGCGCGAAGAGCGCGAGAAGCGCCGCCACGCCUCCGAGAUGGCCGCCAUGCGCGAGCGGCAUCUGCGCGAGCGCAUCGCGCACAUCUCGCAGACCAUGCACGGCAAGAAGGUGCUGCAGAAACUAGAUGAAGAGGAUUUGAAGAAAAUGGACGCGGAUGCCAUAUCCAAGCGCGAGGCUGAGGAGCUGAUGAAGGAGCGCAGAGAGCUGCAAGCGCGCCUCAAGUCGCAGGAGAAGAAGGUGGACUAUUUCGAGCGAGCCAAACGCUUGGAGGAGAUCCCGUUACUGCAGAAGAGCCUAGAAGAGAAGCAGGUGCAGGAUAAGGCGUUCUGGGAACAGCAGGAGAAGGAGCGCAUACAACAACUUAUUGAGGCGCGUGCUCGUGACGUGGCGACCGCCAGCCGGCUGUCGCGCAUGUCUGCGCACCGCGAGCAGUUCACGUCGCGACUGCGCAGCGAGCGCGGCGCUGCGCACCUCAAGUGUUUAGCUGACUUCCAGCUGCGGCUCACUAAUGAACGCGAGGCAAGACUGGCGCAGCGCAAAGCGCAGCGUAUAGAGAAACGAAGACAGGAGUGGUUGUCGGAGAAGCAGCUCGCAGAAGAGCGCGCGGCGGAGGAGGCGCGCCGGCUGAAGGAGGAAGAGGAGAAGAGGGAGAAGGAGGAGCGCGAGCGUCGCCACCAGGAGGAACUGAUCGCGCUGCGCGAGAGGAAGGAGAAAGAGCACCAGGAGAUGUUGGCGCGCGCGGAGGCUCGUGCGCGUGCGCAGGAGGCGGCGGCGGCGCGCAAGCUGGAGGAGCAGAAGUCCUCCUCCAGCUGGAGGCGAGCUGAUGACACCUGGCGCGGUGCCAGCGGGGGACCUGCGCCUACAGCACGCCGCGACGAAAGACCGCGGUCCUCGGAGCGACGAGAGGAACGCCCGCCGCCCAAAGACGACAAGGAAGCAGAAAGACCUCGCCCGAAAGAGGCGGAGCCGCGGAAGGUGGAUGAGCCCAAGUCCGCCACCGGCAGCAGCUGGAGGCGCGACGAUGGACGCAGACCAGCGUUGCCACCAAGCCGCAGUAUGGGAGGGCGCGAUGAACGUCCUCGGUCACCGGAACGCCGGCCACUGCGCGACGAGCGCGGACCCCCGCCCAAAGAUGACCGUCCGGCACCUAGAGAUGAAAGGCCGCGUGUGGGCUACGGCGGUCGCUCCAGCGGACCCGAGACCGGCAGCUGGCGCAGGGGACCUGCCGACCCCCCGCCAGCACCCACCGAGCGUUCAUCUACGUGGCGCAGCAAAGAUGGACCACCGCGUGAAGAUCGAUACCGAGAUGGUCCCAGGGACCGCGAUGGACCACGAGACCGUGACGGGCCACGAGACCGCGAUGGACCAAGAGACCGUGAUGGUCCCAGAGACCGCGACGGACCGAGAGACCGCGAUGGUCCUAGAGACCGUGACCGUUACCCACCGAGAAGAGAUGAUCGCGAUGGUCCUAGAAGAGAUGACAGGGAUGGUCCUAGAAGAGAUGACAGGGAUGGUCCUAGGAGGGAUGACCGUGAUGGUCCUAGGAGAGAUGACCGCGAUGGUCCUAGGAGAGAUGAUCGUGACGGUCCUCGCCGGGACGACCGCGAGCGCCGCCCGCCGCCGCCGCGCCGUGACGAUAAACCCCGUGACCCAGAUGGUGAUUGGCAGUCGGUGAGGCGUUAAAUCGUUGAUUCGAAAAUAGUCCAGAUGUGUCCAAAGUGCUGGUUCACAAACUGCUGGAUUUAUGUCACCGGCAAACAGUGAAUGCAGCCAAUUUGUAAUAUGCCUAGAAAAAUCAUAUCUAUCGAAAUUCAUAUAUGCGAUAAUGUAACAAUACAAUAUGUCGAGUAUCUAGGCAAAUAACAAAUGGGCGAUAUUCGCGUAUUGUCUGUGACUUAUGUAACCAUUUUGUUUACUAUCAAAGUUUUUGAAUACAUAACAUGAUCACUAUUAUGGCUUUUAUUGUGCUUGACUUGAUUUAUUACGCUAAUAUAGUUAUGAGGUAAUUUAGUUUGCGGUUACAUUGUCACCCAUCAGAUAUAACAUACAGAUUAAAGCAUAAAACUAAUGUGAUACUUGUAUUGUUGUCUCUUUCAUUCUCUCUGAAAAGUUAGAGACAGCUAUAUACAGGGUUAUAUUUUUUAAUUAAAAUUGAUUAAAUAAGCCCUUUUAUUUGAUGCCAAUAAAUACAUCAGUGUUUAUGCGCUUUGACCUACAUAUUGUCUCUGUGUUUAACGGAAUUUCAAAAAUACUAGUAAAAAAAAAAUAUUACAUAUUUAAGAUCGUAUAUUUAAAAAUAACCUUGCAUACAAAUAUCACAGCGGUCAAAUUCUACAACAAAUAGCUUGCUCUUUUGGUUCAUAUAGAGUGAAAAAUAUGUUUUAAAUAAAAUAUGCUAGUUUUGUCAAAUUCAAUAAAUAUAUGGGGUGUAGUUUAUAGUGUCAAUAUACUAAAUUUACAACUGUUGAAUAUGUAACAAAAUAUAGCUUGUGUUAUAAUGCACGCCACGAAAGGUAUGAAGUUCAAUUCACAAAAAUGCAUUUUGUCUCUGUUGCACAUAUAACGUUCAUAUAACGCUAUCUCGCUCAUAUUGUUAUCCCUAUCUAUCCCCCUGAAAUGUUCUUUCUCUGUCCCACUUAUUACAUUCGUAUAACGCUGUCUCACUCAUUCGUGUUUGUGGGCAUAACAGAUGUGUACUUUCUCUGUCGCACGUAUUACGUUCGUGUAACGCUGUCUCGCUCACACCAUGCGUUCGUGGCUUACAAUUUCGUGGCUUGUAUUAUAAAUCCAGUCGUUAUGUAGUUUAUAUACAUUUACACGAGUUUUAAAUAUUUUUCUAUGCAAUAAUUAUUGUAAGCAACUUGCUUUGAAGAAAUGUUUGUGUCUUUUUUUUUGUUUUGAAUUAUAAUCAUUCAGUUUUAGUUUAAAUUAAGUUUAUUUUAAUACGAACAUUUUAUAUAACGUCAUCUGUCAAGGUUGACCUUGUAAUGACCCUUAUAUUAUUUUUAAUACUAACGAUUGGUUUAUAAUUUGUAAUGAAACAAUGGGCUACAAUAAUUAGGUCACAAUAUUACCAAUGUACAACCUAAGUGCUAAUUCAUUCUAAAACAUACAUUUGUAUUUCUUAUUCAACAAUAAAUCAUUAUC